CACCCACGCAUAUAAAUUAACAUUUAUUUUAUAAUUUUUAUUAACAACGCAUCGUGAAAAUGAAUGGAGGCGAUAAUGGAGAGCCUAUUCGUGCUCCUAUUAAUGGAGAUGGUCCUAUGGUUAUUAUUGAGAACGAAGGAGUAGUAAAUCCACCAGCUAGACCUGAUGACAUUGAAAGUGCUGAUAAUAUUGAACAAUUGUUUCGUGUUGUCGAAAAUUUGACUCGGGAAAAUUUGAACAUCAUGCAAGACCUUGUCAGAAUGACAGGACUUGGCGAACCCCAUAACGUAGAGGAAGAAGACAUAACAAAGAGAAUUGGAGGAGAGAAGACACUAGAGGAAGAUCUAGCCAUUGAUUCCACACUGAUUGACCUCGCAGAUAAUACACUGAGUCGUCUCAAAGGUGUAUUAAAAUGGCUGCAAGAGAUUCAGCCUCAGAAAUUUGACGUCCCUCAGUUUAAUGAUGCCAUAGAGAAAGUCCUUAGGCAACUGGUAGACAAAAGGGUCUACAUUUGCGUCUUGGGUCGAUACAAUGUCGGCAAGACUACUCUAAUUAAUGCCUUGCUAAGGAAUGAAGUGUUACCUGUUCAUAUUGUACCAGAGACGGCCAUUACAUUGUACAUUCAGCAUGAUGACAAGUUAAAGGAUACUGUCCAUGUACCACCAGAACCUAGACUCAUUAACUAUGAUGACUCACAACUUUUGGCUAAAGGAGUAGAGCAGGUGAGAAAAACGUUGAGUAAACUUCAUCGUGAGAUCAGAGAAAAAUCAGUUAGGAGUAACAACAACUAUCUGCUCAAGAUCAAUUUUCCACUUUUAAGUGUAAGGUACGAGGAUAAUGAAAAACUCAAUCGGAACCCAGUACCAAUGCUAGUUGAUACUCCCGGCUCUAAUGAAGUCGGGGAGGCACAGUUUCAGAUAAUGGCCGAGCAGAACCUCAAAUCAGCAGCUGCUUAUAUCUUUGUGAUGAAAUAUGAUGACAUUAAGAAUAAAGAGGACUAUGCUGCCCUGAAGAUGAUAUACGACAGAGACCCAAGUAUAUUUCAGAGUGAGAGGCUCACUAUUGUCAUCACUUAUUAUGACAAGGCUUAUGAGAAUGAGCACAGCCAUAUGACAGUCAAGGCUAUACAAGAGCUUGUGGCAAGGACAAUCAGUCAAGAGAUCAAAGCCAAUGUAUCUAAUAAUAUAAUAAUACCUAUCUGCGGAAAACUAGCUAGUGAUGCCCGUCAGUGUGGCAGAAUAAGUGGUGCUAAACGGACUUACAAUGAAGUACAGAUGAGUAUAAUAUCGGUCAAAUCUUUUGAGUCAGUUGACUCCGAUCUCAGCAAAACUUCACAGGAAGUUUUUUCAAUGCAGAAAGAUGAUGUACUUAGAACUGCAGAGGAGGUUUGUAGGAUUGCAGAACUCGAGGAGAGGAUCAAGUUAGUGAUAGCAAAGCUGUCUUCAGUUUGGAAGAGCAACAUUGUUGGAAGCUGUCACUCUUUCCUUGAUUCUACCUCUGAUUGUAUCAGCCAACUACAAGAAGUAGUGGAAAGAGAUGUUAGAGAUAUUACUGAUCAGAUACAUCAUGCUUCCAGGGCAGUUGAUCAUCAUAAGGAUAUGUUAAAGAGCAUUACACGUGAAUCAGAAGUAUUAAUACGUCUGAGAGAGUCCUUUGAUGCUGACGCAAACUAUGAUGCUAAGUUUCACAGAAAAAUUGAAGACCGUCUUCAAACUCUGAAGCAUACAUUGACUGAGAAAAGAAGAGUUAGGAAAUACAGCAUUCAGGAGCUAACAGCAGAGGUCAAUGAAUCAUUUCAGAAGAAUGUAAUGACGGAAAUAAAGACGUGGUUCUUUCAAACUAAAUUUGUCAAGUGUCAGAGAUGUCUUCAUCUAAGAACCCAGAGGAUAUCAGAGAAGUUUGGGCGGUUUCGGGCAGCAGUGGCAAUGGUACAGGAACAUGGGGCAACACCACAAACAAUGGCAUCAUUCUAUCAAGAACUUGGAGCUGAACCAGUUGGUGAUGAUGUUGAUGAUGUAAUGGAGUCAAAACUAAAUAACAUGGCAGUAGCUGAUUUAAAUACAAUCAUUCACAAGACAUAUUCAUUUCGAAUGAAGCUACCAUUUGUAAAAGCCAAUGUUCUAAAUGAAGAAGAUAUUAUUGAUCAGUUGGUUGCAAAUAGGAGAAAUGCGAUUAAAGAGCUUCAUGGAGAGUUCUUUGCAGCCAUUAAGGAGCCCAUUGUAUUACAUUUUUUCAAAUUAUAUGUGAACACUGUGUUGAAAGAGUUGCAGAUGUUUGAGAGGAUGUUAGAGAGAGAUGGAGGUCACGAGAAAGUUCGCAGAGCUUUUGAUAAAAAGGAUGAGUUGGCUCCAAAGCAACAAAUAAAGAGGGACUGUCAAGUCUUGCAAAGUCACCUUAAAAAAUUAAAAUCAAAACUGACCAUUAUGUCAGAGCAGUAGAGUAACAUUUUCUUCUAUUUGUAACUGUGCAUUAUUAAUAUUUGUAUUUUCAUAUACAUAAUGUGCAAACAAAAUUAAUGAACAA